UCACUUGUUUCAAGCAAAUCAUGUCACGGAGAACCACUCCCCUUCAGGAUGCCAUUAAUCACAUCCUUGCAAGAAGAGACAAGAAUUCAAUGUUAGAAAUCAAAUUUAUUAAUUCAGUUAAAGGUCGUGGCAUCUUCACUUUAGCCAAUUUCAAACAAGGAGACUUUGUGGUCGAGUAUAGAGGGGAGCUUAUUGAUGCAACUGAAGCUGAACACAGACGUAACCUGUACCACAGCGCAUGUUCAGUCUUCAUGUUUGAAUUCAUAUGGAAGCAGAAGACAUUGUGUAUUGAUGGAGCACUUGAAGAUGGGUCAUUUGGGCGACUAGUAAACGAUGAACACAGGACACCAAAUUGCAGAAUGAAGUUGAUUGAAGCAGAAGGGAAGCCACAUCUCUGCCUUUUUGCACUGAAGGAAAUUGCGGCAGGAAGUGAAAUUACUUAUGACUAUGGUGGGAAAGAAUGGCCCUGGCGGAAAAAGCUAAAGAUCGCAAGCAUCCCUUCUGGUCAACAGUGUGUUGCAGAGCCUAUUGCCCAUGACGUGGAGCACCAUGUGAUCUCUACAGACUCAUUCACAGACAGAGAAUUAAGAGCAGAGUGUCAGUCAUCUAGACCUACAGCAGACAACUCUGAGCAUGAGUGUACAAUUCAUAGGCUGGUAUUUGAAUCGGUGAAACUUGACAAAUGCGGGAUAUGCCAUUCACCUUUGACAGCUAUCAGAUGGCACGGUCUAAGAUGCAAGCAAUGCCGUUGUGUGUGGCAUAAGAUCUGCCUCCAGACAUCUUCAGAAGACUGGGAUAUGUCCGACGGUGAUGUCUCAUCUGAUGAAGAAUACAUCCCAAAUUCUGCAUCAGAUUCAGAAAGCUCAGGAACAGAGUUGUCUAUUGAGUUACCUGGACCAUCAAAAAACUCCCAUGCUGCUAGCAUGCCUGAUUUAUGCGUUACUUUUGCUGAAAAAGAACAGACCAUGGAUGUUAAGAACAACUUUGAGCACAUUUUGAAUGAUCUUGAAACUACUGAUGAUCUUCAUCCCGACCAAGAACCAGACAGCUCAGAGUCAUGCCAGCAGAAAACAAAAGAUGCAUCCUUAUCAAACCUGAGUGAGGCAAAAUACAACAAGGUCGACAGCCUUCCACUGACCAGAGAUGUUCAGAAGCUGCAGUUAUAUCUUGGUCAGCAAGUGGAAUCAGCUAGGGAGAAACUAGGUGAUAACCCAACAGCAGGAACUUACGCAGCACUAGCAAAGGUGAUCCUUUGUCAAGUGAUUUUGUUCAAUAGGAGGAGGGAAGGUGAAGUAGCACGUAUGACUGUCAAAAAUUUUGAAGAUCGUGACAUGUCCAAACUAAACGAUGACAUCAGCUCUGGGCUUACAGAAGUUGAGAAAAGGCUUUGCCAACAGUUUGCCAGAGUGGAACUGAAGGGGAAAAAAGGACGAAAGGUGGCUGUGAUCCUGACUUCUGAUAUGACCGAUAACCUGUCACUCCUCGUUAGUAAGAGGAAAGAGUGCGGGGUAUCUGAAAACAAUAUGUACCUUUUCGCCAUUCCUUGUAGUGAUGGUCACUACAGAGGGCAGUUUGGUCAGUUUGCAGAUGCUUGCGGAGCUGAACAUCCUCAGAACCUCAGAUCAACUAACCUUCGCAAACAGAUUGCCACGAUAAGCCAAGUCAUGAACUUGAAAGAUAAUGAACUAGACCAGCUGGCCGAUUUCCUCGGCCAUGACAUCAGGGUCCAUAGAGAAUACUAUCGACUGCCCCAAUCAACAAUUCAGCUGGCUAAGAUCUCCAAGUUGCUCAUGGCCAUGGAGAAGGGAAGUGUGAAGGACAUUCAAGGAAAAACUCUGGAUGAAAUUGGUGAUGACAUAGAUGGGAUGGCUACUGGAUCACAGCAACUCCCUGAUGCUUCCACAUUGCGAGAAAAAUCUAUCAAUGACAAUGAAGAAAUAUUAACUUCUGUGACUUCUGAUUUGCCUCACUUCUCCGAGACUGCAGCUCAAGAUGACCAGGGGAAUGAUGCCUGUGUGACUUCUGGUUCACCUCCUGUCCCUCACUCAGUUACUAAAGGUAUGAUACAAAUCAGAUGCCAUGUCCAUCACUAG